AUGGCUAGUCAUAGUAGUACAGAAAACUGUGAGGCCAUGCUGGGACCCCCUGCCAGUGGAGAGGCAGCUAUUGAGGUCCUGUCCAAUUCUUCACCUGUUCCCAAUGUGGAUUCAGGGAAGGCUUUGGUUCAGCUCAGUGAAGAGGCAGUGAGCGAGGCUACUACUCGCAGGCUCCAGGUUCCAGGCUCCCAAGAUCAAGUGGCAGUCAACAUGCAAGGCACCGAUAUCCUUUGCGGGCUCUCCUUCCCCAGAAAGCUUUGGAUGAUAGUGGAGGAUCCUGCAUUUGAGUCUGUGUGCUGGAACGAAGAUGGAGACACUGUGAUCAUCGAGAAUGACCUCUUCCAGAGGGAAGUCCUUCUUCGGGAAGACGGAGACAGGAUUUUUGAAACAGACAGCAUAAAGACCUUCAUCCGUCAGCUUAACCUCUAUGGAUUCAGUAAAAUACGCUCCAAGAACUCUGCUCUCUCUCCAGGGAACAAGCAAAUGAUGAUAUAUCGCAACGUCAAUUUUCAGAGAGACAAGCCUGCCCUUCUCGCAAACAUUCAAAGAAAAGGAGACCAGAGACGCUUCGGUCGGCAGUCCACCUGCGGAACGAGCCAGAAGAAAAGGAAGCUGGUAGCUACCAGACGAUCCCCACGGACGCAGCCCAACAAGGAAGAUGAGGAAGCUGAGAGGAGGGCCCAGAGGGAAGCUGCCAGUGCUCACCGCCCCAUCAGCGGCCAGUCACUCAUGUUCUCUGGCAUCUGGUCUAUGAGUAACAUCACUGUGAGACCCCUGAGAAUCUAUGCCCCUGAGGAGCCGGGUGGCCCAAGUGGGGAGGGCACCUCUUCCAAUGUCAUGUUUGCACCUCCGGGUACAGCUGGAAUGCAAGGUGCCGGGGAAGCAAUCAGCAGCCCCGUAGCCUAUCCCGAUUAUGAUUCCAUGAUAUCUUUGUACACCACCUGCUACUCCAUCCUGUUAGCUGCCCUCUUCACCAUGACUUCCAAUCAGCCCCUGGAGCAGGAGGGUUCCUCCAAUUCCAGGUGUGUCAUCUGUGAACGGGUCAGGGAAAAUCCACCUCCAUAA